AUGAGUGUCGUCGGUAUCGAUUUCGGUGCCCAGAGCACCAAGAUUGGUGUUGCCAGAAAUAAGGGUAUUGACAUUAUCACCAAUGAAGUUUCCAACAGAUCGACUCCGUCUCUCGUCGGAUUCAGCGCGAGAAGCAGAGCCCUCGGUGAGGCCGCAAAGACACAGGAGACCUCGAACCUGAAGAACACUGUCGGCAACCUCAAACGCCUUAUCGGCCGUUCCUUCAACGACCCCGAUGUUCAGAUCGAGCAGGAGUAUAACACAGCAGCUCUCUGUGACGUCAAUGGCCAGGUCGGUGCCGAAGUCAGCUACCUGGGCAAGAAAGAGAAGUUCUCUGCCGUCCAGCUGGUGGCCAUGUACUUGACCAAGAUCAGGGACAUCACCUCUUCCGAGUUGAGGCUCCCCGUUUCCGAUGUCACCAUCAGUGUUCCCGCUUGGUUCACCGAUGUCCAGCGUCGGGCCAUGCUUGACGCCGGUGAGAUUGCCGGUCUCAAGGUGCUCCGCUUGGUUAACGACACCACCGCCACCGCCCUUGGAUACGGUAUCACCAAGCUCGACCUCCCCAACGCCGAUGAGAAGCCUCGCCGGGUCAUGUUCGUCGACAUCGGUCAUACCGACUACACUGCUUCGAUUGUUGAAUUCCGUAAGGGCGAGCUCAACGUCAAGUCGACCGCUUAUGACCGUCACUUUGGUGGUCGGAACUUCGACCGUGCUCUGACUGAGCACUUCGCCAACGAGUUCAAGCAGAAUUUCAAGAUUGACGUCCGCACUCACCCCAAGGCCUGGGCCCGGACUCUCGCCUCUGCUGAGAAAAUGAAGAAGGUUCUGUCGGCCAACCCGGCCGCCCCCAUGAACAUCGAGUCGCUGAUGGAGGACGUUGAUGUCCGUACCAUCGUCAAGCGUGAGGAGCUUGAGGUCAUGAUCCAGCCCUACCUCGAGCGUGUCACUAGCCCCAUUGAGGAGGCUCUUGCUGAGGCUAAGCUGACCACUGACGACAUUGAUUUCGUCGAGAUGGUUGGUGGUAGCACCCGUGUGCCCGCUAUCAAGGACGCCGUCUCCAAGUUCUUCGGCGGCAAGACCCUCUCUUUCACUCUCAACCAGGAUGAGGCCAUUGCUCGCGGCUGUGCCUUCACCUGCGCUAUCCUCUCUCCUGUCUUCCGUGUCCGCGACUUCUCGGUGCACGACAUUGUGAACUACCCCGUUGAGUUCACCUGGGAGCAGUCUCCCGAGAUCCCGGAUGAGGACACCAGCCUGACCGUCUUCAACCGGGGCAAUGUCAUGCCUUCCACCAAGAUCCUCACUUUCUACCGCAAGCAGCCUUUCGACCUCGAGGCUCGCUACGCCAACCCCGACCAGCUCCCCGGCAAGAUCAACCCUUGGGUUGGUCGCUUCUCCGUCAAGGGUGUCCAGGCUGACGCCAACGACGACUUCAUGAUCUGCAAGCUCAAGGCUCGUCUGAACCUGCACGGUAUUCUCAAUGUUGAGUCUGGUUACUACGUUGAGGAUAUGGAGGUUGAGGAGCCCGUUCCCGAGGAGGGCGAUGCCAUGGAGACCGACAAGGCUGAUGGCGAGCAGCCCAAGAAGACCCGCAAGGUCAAGAAGCAGGUCCGCAAGGGCGAUUUGCCCAUCGCCGCUGGCUCCACUGGCAUUGACCAGUCGGUCCGGGAGGCUUUCACUGAGCGUGAGAACGCUAUGUAUAUGGAGGACAAGCUGAUUGCCGAGACCGACGAGAAGAAGAACGAGCUCGAGGCCAGCAUCUACGAGCUCCGUGACAAGAUUGACGGUGUCUACGCCGAGUUCGCCAGUGAGGAGGAGAAGGACAAGCUUAAAUCCAAGCUCCUUGACACCGAGGACUGGCUCUACGAAGACGGCGAGGACACUACCAAGUCGGUUUACGUUGCCAAGAUGGAUGAUAUCCGCUUCAUUGUCGGCCCCAUUAUCCAGCGUUACAAGGAGAAGGCUGAUGCUGAGCGUCAGGCCAUCCUGAAGGCCGAGGAGGAAGAGCUCGCCAAGAAGCGUGCUGAGCAGGAGGCCCAGCGUAAGGCCGAGGAGGAGGCCAAGAAGGCGCAGGAAGCCCAGCAGGAGCCCAAGGCCGACUCUGAGAUGCAAGACGCACCAGCCGAGGGUGAGGCCGCUUCCACUGAGGAACAGAAGCAGUAA